AUGGCCGCAUCUGCCCUGUCCGUCUGCUCCAGCGACCUGAGCUACGACAGCCGAGUCUGCCUGCCCGGUUCCGGUGACUCUUGCACCAGCUCCUCCUGGCAGGUGGACGACUGUCCAGAGAGUUGCUGUGAGCCCUCCUGCUGUGCCCCCUCCUGCUGUACCCUCAUCUGCACCCCAGUGAGCUGCAUGUCCAGCCCCUGCUGCCAAUCAGCCUGCACCAGCUCCUGCACCAGCUCCUGCACGCCCUCAUGCUGCCAGCAGUCUAGCUGCCAGCCUUCCUGCUGCACCUCGUCCCCCUGCCAGCAGGCCUGCUGUGUGCCCGUCUGCUGCACACCCGUCUGCUGUAAGCCCCUGUGCUGUGUGCCCAUCUGCUCUGGGGCCUCCUCGUGCUGCCAGCCCACCGCCUGCACCUCAUCCUGCUGCAGACCCUCCUCCUGCAUGUCCCUCAUCUGCCGCCCCGUCUGCUGCCAGCCCACCUGCUGUGCCCCCAGCUGUUGUGUCCCAGCCCCCUGCUUGACCUUUGUCUGCACCCCAGUGAGCUGCAUGUCCAGCCCCUGCUGCCAAGUGACCUGUGGAUCCAGCCCCUGCCAGUCAGCCUGCACCAGCUCCUGCACCAGCUCCUGCACGCCCUCAUGCUGCCAGCAGUCUAGCUGCCAGCCCUCCUGCUGCACCUCCUCCCCCUGCCAGCAGGGCUGCAGUGUGCCCGUCUGCUGCACACCCGUCUGCUGUAAGCCAGUCUGUUGGAGGCCUGUCUGCUGCAAGCCCCUGUGCUGUGUGCCCAUCUGCUCUGGGGCCUCCUCGUGCUGCCAGCCCACCUCCUGCACCUCAUCCUGCUGCAGACCCUCCUCCUGCGUGUCCCUCAUCUGCCGCCCCGUGUGCAGGCCUGCCUGCUGCGUGCCCGCCUCCUCCUGCUGUGGCCCUGCCUCCUCCUGCCAGCCCAGCUGCUGCCGCCCGUCCUCCUGCAUGUCCCUGCUCUGCCGCCCCGUGUGCUCCCGCCCAGCCUGCUGUGUCCCCACCUCGGCCCAGAAGUCCUGCUGCUGA